AUGGCCAAGUUUUCAGCCCUCUGCUCGCUCGCCCUUCUCGGCGGCCUGGCCACGGCCCAAAAGCCGGUGGGCACCGAGACGCACGAGAAGCUCACAACGUUCCGUUGCACGGUGGCGGGCGGAUGCGUAGAAAAGACAAACUACAUCGUCUUGGACUCGCUGACGGGCCACCGGAUCUACCAGCCGGCGGCCGAGACGCUCGACUGCGGAAGCCGGGGCGCGGCCCCAAACGUCACGGCGUGUCCGACAAAGGAGGCCUGCGCCAAGAACUGCGUCGUCGAAGGGAGGCCAGACUAUGGGGUCCGGGGCGUCCACGCCAACGGCACCAGCCUCCGGCUGCAGUUGCUCAACAAUGGCACAAAGGUCGCCCCUCGCGUCUAUCUGCUCGACGAGGCCGAGGAAAAGUACGAGAUGCUGAAGCUGACCGGUAGUGAGUUUGCGUUCGACGUCACCAUGGAUAAGCUGCCUUGCGGCACGAACAGUGCGCUGUAUCUGUCCGAGAUGGAGGAGGAUGGUGGCAAGAGCGAGCUGAAUCCCGGUGGUGCUUAUUGGGGAACCGGUUAUUGUGAUGCGCAGUGUUAUAUCACGCCGUUUAUCAACGGAGAGGGAAACAUCCAGGGGAACGGCGCUUGCUGCGCCGAGAUGGACAUUUGGGAGGCUAACAACCGCGCCACUCAACUUGCUCCUCAUGCUUGCAGUAAGCCUGGCCUGUACUUGUGUUCGGGAGACGAAUGCGGAUCUACGGGAGUAUGCGACAGGGCCGGCUGCGCAUGGAACCCCAACCGCAUCGGGCAGCCCCAAUACUACGGCAACAACGACACCUUCAAAGUCGACUCCCUCAAGCCCAUGACCGUCGUGACGCAGUUCCCCGCCGACGCGACCGGAAACCUCGCCGCGAUCCGCCGCCUCUACGUGCAGGACGGCAUCGUCAUCAAGGCCGAGACGGUCCACAAGACCGGCCUGCCCGAGGUAGACGCCCUGGACGACGAAUUCUGUGACGCCUUUGGAAGCAAGCGCUACAUGGCAUUGGGCGCCACCAAAGGCGUGGGCGCCGCCCUCACCCGCGGCAUGGUCCUGGUCAUGAGCAUCUGGUGGGACGAGUCUGGUGGUAACAUGCAGUGGCUGGACGGUGCUGCCGGAUCGGGCCCUUGCAACGCCACGGAGGGAGCGCCGGCCAAUAUCCCUCGCGUGCAGCCGAACCCCGAGGUUACUUUUAGUAAUGUCAAGUGGGGGGAGAUUGGUUCUACUUUUCAGAGUGGUGCUGGGGUGGUGUGA